AUGACUCAGUUCAUUCCGCGCAAUGUCUUUCCCAACUACGGGGCUAUUCCACGGUCCUAUUUCCUGGGACACCACCGGGCUGGUCUAACUAAAAUGAAGAGCAUGCUCUCCUCUAUUGACUACGUGGUGGAAUGUCGUGACUACCGAGCCCCUGUGACCUCCAUCAAUCCCAUGUUCGAGGAGGCUUUAGGCAAGAUGCGACGACUGAUCGUUUACACAAAGCGAGAUCUUGGGAGUCUUCCCAAAUCCGCUGCCCAAAAGACAACAGAACGCAAGCUACAAAGCUUUGACCCGCAGAGUGCUGUGUUCUUCACGAGCUCAUCUUCCCGCCAGGACGUCAGUCAUAUUAUCAAACACCUGCGCAAUGACGCCGAAGCCCUCGAUAAACUUGUCGGAUGUCGUGUACUGGUCGUCGGGAUGCCAAACGUUGGAAAGUCGACCUUGAUCAACAACCUACGCAACUCGGGCGUCGGCAAGGCAAAGGCAUUGAAGACUGGCCAGCAGCCUGGUAUCACACGGAAAAUCGCGACCCAAGUCAAGAUUAUCGAACGCGAGGAGGGAUCACACGUAUACGUGCUGGACACACCGGGUGUCUUCAUGCCCUAUGUUCCAGAUGCUGAGAACAUGCUCAAGCUUGCACUUUGUGGCUGUGUCAAGGACAACGUCAUAUCACCAGUCACGCUUGUGGACUAUCUUUUAUAUCAUAUCAACUUGCAUGACCCGUCAGUUUACAAACGCUGGUCCGAGCCGACGAACGAAGUUGUUCCGUUGCUCGAGAGCUUUGCGCGUCAAACUGGCCUGCUUGGGAAAGGCGGAGUUCCCAACACUGAGGGGGCUGCGCUCAAUUUCAUAUCGCGAUGGCGACAAGGCGAGCUAGGUCGAUUUUUGGUGGACGACCUUGAAGCCGAGCAACAAAAACGGGACGACCCCGACCAAAAGGAGCGCAUGAGCAUGACCCAAGCUUUGAGGGCAACAAGGGGGGCUCGGAAGAAUAAGCCCAAUGUGGCUAGCAAACUGUAA